AGGAGGCUCAGUGCACAGGGAGGAGGAACAGCACAUCCCACCCCUCAGGACAGUGGUGCUUGUGAGCAUUUCUGGAAUCCAAGCUCUUCCCACAGAGGGAGGGACAGAGCAGCAGAACCAUGGAGUCCCCCUCAGCCCCUUCCCACAGAGGACUUGUCCCCAGGCAGGGGCUCCUGCUGGCUGCCUCUCUCUUAACCCUCUGGAGCCUGCCCACCACUGCCCAGCUCACUAUUGAAUCAGUGCCGCCCAAUGCUGCCGAAGGGAAGGAUGUGCUUCUCCAUGUCCACAACCUGCGUGGGAAUCUGAUUGGCUAUGCCUGGUACAAAGGGGAAACAGUGGACAGCAGCCGUCUAAUCAUAUCAUAUGUAAUAGACACUCAAACAACUGCCCUCGGGCCUGCACACAGUGGUAGAGAGACAAUAUACCCCAGUGGAUCCCUCCUGUUCCAGAACGUCACCCAGGAAGACACAGGAUACUACACCCUUAAAACCACAGGGAAAGGUUUACAGGAGAAACAAGUAACUGGACGGCUCCGUAUAUACCCGGAGUUACCCAAACCCAGCAUCACAAGCAACAUCUCCAACCCCGAGGAGUACAAGGACCCUGUCAUGUUAACAUGUGAACCUCAGAUUCAGGGCAUCACCUACAUGUGGUUGGUCAGCAGUCAGAAGCUCCAGGCCAGUGCCAGGCUGCAGCUGUCCAAGGACAACAGGACUCUCACUAUACUCCCUGCCACAAGGAAUGACAUGGGACCCUAUGAGUGUGAAACCCGGAACCCCGUGAGUGCUGGCCGCAGUGACCCACUCACCCUGAAUGUUUUCUAUAGUCCGGAUGCCCCCCUCAUUUCACCCUCAGACUCCUAUUAUCUACCAGGGGCAAACCUCAGUCUCUUCUGUCUCUCAACUUCUAACCCACCUACAGAGUAUUCUUGGCUUGUCAAUAGGCGGCCCCAGCAACCCACUCAGAAGCUCUUUAUCCCCAACAUCACUGCACAUGACACUGGAUCCUAUACCUGCCUCACCCAUAACUCUGUCACUGGCCUCAAUAGGACCACGGUCAAGACUAUCACAGUCUCUGAGCCCGUGGGGAAGCCCUCCAUCCGAGCCAGCAAUGCCACAGUCACAGAGGAUAAGGACGCCGUGGUCCUGACCUGCCUCACCAAUGACAUGGAGAUCUCCAUCCGGUGGCUCUUCAAGAACCAGAUUCUACCUCACAAGGACAGGAUGAAGCUGUCCCCGGACAACAGCACCCUCACCAUAGACCCCGUCAGGAGGGAGGACGCUGGGGGUUAUCAGUGUGAGGUCUUCAAACUCAUCAGAUCCAGCAAAAGUGAGUCCCUCAGGCUGGAUGUGCAACGUAAGUGACGUUCAACCUCUCCCACUUGCCUUUGUAUAUUUCACGGGCAGGGGGAUGAGAUGGAGUCUUGAGGAGGUGGGAGGCUCCUUCAGAGCCUAUAGAGCACAUGGGUACGAACCCCAGAAUUAGACCAAUCAGCAUUGCCUCAGUUCUAUGAGUCUAAGCUGUCUGACCACAGGGAAGGCUCUCACCCACCUGAGCCUCAGUUUCCUCAUCUCUAAACUGGAAUAAAACAGCUGAACCUAAACACCAUUGUUAGGACAUUUCUUGUGAGGUUAAUGAGAAUAAAACCCUCAGGCAGGGU